AUGGCAAACGUUCGCCCUUCCACUGUUCGAUCCCAAUCAUACUACAGACCCUCUGCCCCAGAGAAGGAUUCACUACGCCCUCGAAAAGAAGAGAAGCGUAGUCGAUCCACCUCUAGAAACCCUUCCUCCAAGUUGUACAGCGCGGACGCCCCUCGACGUUACGCUCCCAACGAGUCUCGACCUCGCAAGCCUCCAUUCUCUCCGACCAUAGAAGAUCUUGGCUUCGGGCCAGAUUGUGUUCAGAUGAAGGGCAAACUUGACCAGACCCCAAUGCUCAUCAAAGUCGAUGGAGACUCGAGCUCCACCGACGGAAGUGAGCCAGGCACGCCUGAUAGCUCGUUGAGUGAUGGGCAAGACAGCUACAUCUCAGGAUCGGAUAGGAACACUGCCCAAAUCUCAAAGGCCGACGAAGUGACAAAGACGAAGCCCAAGUCACCGUCAGAGGUGAAGCGGCCAGUGACCAAAAGCCGCAGAAGUCGACAGACAUUGACUGUAGAUACUGAGAGGGCUCGAAGUAGGUCGAGAGGGGACGGUCCACCACCAAAUCUCAAGCGAGAGCGGUCUCCGUACUCUUAUCAACCCCCGCCUGCCUUCAAGCCCAAUGAUCAACAAGAUUGCAAAACCCAAGGGACCGCAUCUAGACCCGGCGAUUAUCAACGCUCACCUGGAACCCUGACUUCCACAGCCAGUCCAGUUCGAAGAAGUUUCGAGCCUCCAUCAGUUCAUGCAUGUUCGAAAGAUGUACAGGCCGGAGGGGGCAAGGAUAGCGGAUCUGCUAACGCUAGCGGUCGGCUGAGUCGCCCCCAGCGCCCGGGAAUGGAGCGGCGAGCUUCUGCCAUGCCCCAGCUGGGCAGUCCUACUUCUGCCACUGCUGCCCGAUCUCGUUAUGUAGAAAACUCAUCAGACGAGUCAGACCGUGAAUAUGCGAGGAUCCGCGCUCGAUCAGGUCAAUUGACAGCAGACGCUCUGCCUAUCAACCCUCCAACGUAUUUUGAUACCCCGCGUUAUAGCGAGCGACACGCAAACAUGAAAAACCGCGACUCACCGCCUCAAACACCGUUGUCGCCAGAACAUACACGAGGCACUUUCUUGAACAGAGACCAUCUGGUCAACGGAACCGGCCUCCAGCAUUUGAGUACCCUCCUUGAGGAUCAACAAUCAAGUCAUCGGUCUGCCUCGCCAAGACCGUCACCUCAGCCUUCUCCAAGAGGUUCACCGACCGGGUCGCCUGGUCCGUCCCCACCUAGAACUCCUCCGGAGAGCUAUCCAAGGCAUCAUCGUAGGACGAGUACAGCUGAGAGUCUUUCCAAAUACUUAACUAAUUCGAGAAUAUCAUCUCCACUCUCAUCUAGGCCUUCGACUCCCACAUCGGGUGCGAAGACGUUCACUCCGCGCCCGAUGGAGCAUGAUGCCCCGCAGCAAAUGACCAAGGAACGAAGAGUCUCCACUUUUGAUUCGUCUGACUUGGCGAAGCAGGCCACUGGAGGUGCCAAAGCUGACGCUCGACCAUCGUCGCCUACGGUAUCUAGGCAUGAGUCUUAUGAACAUCGGGAUCCUAAAUAUGAGAGGGGCCCACAGGUACCCUAUCAUUCUAGUAGCUCCCAAGGAAGAGCAACAUUAGAGCCUGCUCGUCCUGAGCGACGACCAUCUCGUGAAGAUAUGAGAAAGGCUCUACCGUCAAUAAGUACCAAGCCUGUCAUCCAUCAGGAACUAAGUGAUCCGAAAGCUGCAGCCCCAAGAAAUAGGUCCGGCUCUUAUGUACCAGCAUCCGCCACAGCAGCUUUAGGAGGAGCCAGUUUCCUCGACCCAAACUCAUCAACCCACCGAUCCAGGUCCAAUGCGCCGGAUGCUGGCCGUCACCGACACAGAUCAAGGUCAAGGUCUUACGGUGACGCUCGAGAAGCUACAAGGUCGCAGUCCGCUGCUCCUGUUCAUGCAGUACCUGCUUCAGAUCAAAGGCAGCCUGUGCUACUGCCCCAAUGUCCCCGAGCAGAACCAGUCGCCGGCUUCGACGACUGGUUAGUUCUGGAGAGGGACACUGCCAUGACUAUUUGUCCUGAAUGCCGUCACAAUGUAUUCGGCAGAGGCUUUGAGCGUGCAUUCCGUCGAGGACCUGAAGUGAAAAGGAACCAGAAGGUCUACUGCAACAUGAAUGAUCCAUGGGUCCGUCUUGCUUGCCUUGACAUUUUCAAACGGCAGUCAGAUACCAAGACGCUUGGAUAUCUCAUGGAGUACACGAAGGAAGAACCUCCUUGCCCGGAACACCGGCUUGUGGUCGAUCACGCCUGGUACCACCUGCGAGACAGCGAGACCAAUCGCGAUUUCCAAGAUUUUCAGGUGUGCUCCAAUUGCGUGUACAGCCUAGAGGCCAUUUACCCCCGUCUGGAUAUCUUUCAUCGGUCCAAGGACAUCAAGCAGGAGCAGCGCGGCUGCAGCCUGAGGUCUGACGUCGUGCGCUUUGGCAAGUACCUGAACUUCCUCGUCUCCAUGGCAGACGAGGAAGAAAAAACCAGGAGGAUACCAAGUACCUCUGACUUCAUCUGGGAAGUCAAGUGGCAGACUGUGAUCAGUCCGUGCAAGGGUAGUGCCGUCUAUUAUGGCCAGGAUAUGCACACUCACCCUGAGAUCCCAGGCUUGACCAUCUGCGAGGAGUGUUAUUACAAAGAUGUGCGCCCGCUGGCAAAACUCGCGCGUCGGGACUCACGCCACUUCGUACUCCGAAUCACACAGGAGGCAAAAGAGAUUGUAGGUGGUACAACCUGCAAGCUGUAUUCGCCACGCAUGAAACAGAUCUUCAAGAAGGCUUGUGAAGAGAGGGAAUUUGAACAGCUGGCCAAAGCCGUUAAGAAACGGAACGAAUUGCAACAAGAUCUGGAGGAGAGCAAGAUGGAGUAUGCGAAACGGCCGUUGGAUACGAAGUUGAAGGAGGAUGUGAAGUAUCUGCAAAGCAAAUGGGAGAAGUUGGAACGCAAGCAUAAUUAUGAGCACGAUUGA